CCCUGCCCUCCACGGACCCCGGCCGGCGCCACUGGAGAGCGGGUAGGCGGGCUGCGAGCGCCUGGGAGCGGGACCGCCCCUCACGUUCCAGACGUGACUUUACUGAAUGGAUCCCGAGCCCUUUGAAGUCGGACAUGCGGUCCAAGAAGCUAUCAACAUCCUUUCCUCUUCCAGGAAUGGAGUCCAGAUCUCAGAGGCGCUUGGCACAAUUAAGUGCUACCUAGGUGGAACUGAAAACCAAGCCCCCCUGAAGGAGCGGGAAGAAUUUACCCGUGUGCAUUUUUCUGCCUUUCUGCGAGGUCUUGUCAGUAACCUGAGUCCAGAUUGGAUAGAACUUCUUACCUCUGAUCAGCAGAAGGAAUUAUGGGAUAGCUUUUUCUUGGAAGGGCCAGCUGACCAAGUCUUUCUGGUUCUGCUGGACUCCAUCAUUUCUACAGGUCCCAGCUUUCGCCUGAUGAAGGUUAUUAGCAUCCUGGAACAGUUUCUGCAGACGGGAGGCAUGUCGGCUCUGAUGUGGGAGGUCUGUCAUCAGCAGGCACAGGCUGGUUUACCCACAUUUCAAGAGACCCUCCUCAACAAGGUUGUGUGUCUACCUGACCACUUGUGCAACAAGCUCCAGGGGAAUAACCUGCCUAUAUUCUUCCCACAAAACUAUUUCCCUCUGCUGGCUACUGAAAUCAUCCAAGUGUUGCAGAGGAUCUCUGACUCAUUGAGAGGUGGCUUGGACUGUUCUAUCUCCUUCGUGUCUCAAGUGCUGGGGAAGGUUUGCGUGCAUGGGAGACGAGAAGAAAUUCUGAAUGUGUUGGUGCCACGCCUAAUGGAUCUCACCAAGGUGGACUGCAUCUGGCAGAGGAUUUGCUGGCGACUGAUCGAGUGUGUGCCAGAUCGUUGGAUAGAAGCAGUGGUUUGCGGCUUUAUUCAGAAAGCACCAGGGGCGGAUGUCUUGUCACGAUUACUGGGGAAUCUGGUUGUGAAAAACAAGAAGGCUCAGUUUGUGGUGACCCAGAAACUACUACUCCUGCAGUACAGCUGUGUGACUGCAGUGCUGCAGAACCUCCUUGGAUACCUGGCCCUAGACAGCCUUCGCCGUUCCUUAUUGAUCAAAGUGCUGAAAGAACUCCUGGAGACCUGGGGCAGCAGCAGUGCUGUGAAACACUCUCCAGUUGAGCAACAAUUGUAUGUUAGCAAGGCCAUCCUGAUCUGCCUCUCCCACCUGAAGGAGCCUGAAAUAGAGAGCAACGGACAAGAGCUUCUCACCAGCAUGAUGGGAGGGAUGAAAUGCCACCUGGACAGCAACUUGCCACGGAUUCGGCGUCUGGGAAUGAUAGUGGCAGAAAGCAUCAGUUCCAGAAUAACUACAGAUGGGCCCUGCCUGAAAUUCCAGUAUGAAGAUGAUGAUGAGACCAGAGAGCUAAAGUCUCUCCAGCAGACAGCCCGACUACAGCUCCCUGUCACCGACCUGCCAAAUGCUGGCAGGAAUGACAGUCCAUCUGCUACACCAAAAGCUGUAUCAAAACCAAGUGGGAAUCCACACCCAGCAGCCCCUGCAGUGCCAGAGGAGGGAUCUGACUUGGAGCUUGACAGUGAUGAUGACCUCAUUCCUUACGACAUGUCAGAGGAUAAAGAGCUGAAGAAAAUGAAAGUUCCCGUCUAUAUCCGAGACUGUAUUGAAGUCCUAACUGGAUCUGAAGACAUGGACAAGUGGGAAGCUACAAUGAAGGUUUUGGAGAGUCUGAUUCGAAGGAAUUCAGCUACUACAAGAGAGGUGAGCAUGGAGCUGGCUAAAGUACUGCUGCACCUGGAGGAAAAGACCUACAUAGAAGGCUUUGUGGAGCUCCGUAAGAGAGCCCUAGUGGCUGUCACCAUCACAGAUCCAGUACCAGUGGUGCAGUAUCUGACCUCCCAGUUCUAUUCCCUGAACUACAGUCUCUGUCAGCGCAUGGACAUUUUGGAUGUUCUAGCUUUGGCUGCUCAGGAACUCUCUCAGCCCCAGGCCUCUGGGAAAAAUAAGCCCCGCAGCACCCAGAGUCCCUGCAUCCAGACCGUCCCUGGCAGUGACAGCUCCCAGGACUGGAGAAGGAUUGUGGAUGAGAGGAUCAAAAGCAAGACGCGCCGUUUGGCGAAGGGUCAGUCUCUAGUGGAACCGGCUUGUGGCCCAAACAAAUUUAGUUCUUUAGCUGGACACUUCUUCUUCCCCCUGAUUCAGAACUUUGACAGGCCUCUGGUGACCUUUGACCUUUUGGGAGACGAUCACCUUGUGCUAGGAAGGCUGGCGCACACUCUUGCAAUCUUGAUGUACUUUGCCAACCACACUGUGGCAGCUGCUGCCAUGGGAAAGUCACUGCUGGAGUUCGUCUGGGCCCUGCGCUUCCAUACAGAUUCGUAUGUGCGUCAGGGCCUCCUGUCCGCAGUCUCCUCCAUCCUCCUGAGUAUCCCUAGUGAGCGGCUGCUGGAGGACAUGACAGACGAGUUCCUGGAGACACAGUCCUGGCUGGCAGGAGAGCAACAACAUGGAAACCAAUCACUAGAAUGAUGAGUGUUUUGAAUAAAAGCUGUGAUUAGCAUUGAAAACCAAAGAAAGGGAGGACACGGAUUUUCCAAUCCCAGCCCCUCUGUCCAAUGCCUUGAUACCAGAAGCACUGUCAAGGCUACAGAUGUCACACUUUGGUUUCAGUUCUUGUGAGGGUACCCAAAUUUGUCAGACCCACUUUAAAAAAAAAAAAUAGUGAAAUAGAGCAUUCCUGAAACAAAAUAUGUAAAAUUGACAAGAAUGUCAAUUUCAUUGCUUCAUAGUUGAGCCUGCCAGCCCCAGAGCUCUGGCUGGAGGCAAGGUUCUUGGGGCUGCUAGGGUCCAGGGCAGCCCUGCCAUUCAGAUUAGUCCAGAGCCAAGGACUUUCAGGCUGCCCUACUCCUGAGCUGGGAGCCAGCUGGCUCCAGGAGCCUGGAAGUCCUAGGAUCUCUGGCCCUGGAACAGUCUGCAUCAUAGAGCUGCCCCAGGUUCCAGCUCCAGUCAGGGCUGCCAGACUCGCUGCUGCAGAGCUGUCAAUUCCAGAACACUAGCAGGUUUCCAAUGGAUGGAUGUGUAACAUUACACAUUCCAUUACACACAGAAACCUGUUACUGGUUCAGGAAAAGUUUGAUCAAAUCUGCACUAGACUUGGCAAAAUGUUUUGCCCAGUGACUCGUCAUUUUUCAGCUAAGUACAUAAGAACAGCCAUACUGGGUCAGGCCAAAGGUAGUCAAGCCCAGUAUCCUUUCUACCGACUGGCUAGUGCCAGGUGCCCAAGAGGGAAUGAACAGAACCGGUAAUCAAGUGAUCCAUCCCAUCACCCAUUUUCAGCUUCUGGCUAAGCUUCAUCAGAAAAUUUCUGAGUGGCUCUAGUCAAGACAGCUUGUAAUAAACAGCAUCCAACGAAGUGGGUAUUCACCCACGAAAGCUCAUACUCCAAUACAUCUGUUAGUCUAUAAGGUGCCACAGGACUCUGCUGCUUUUACAGAUCCAGACUAACACGGCUACCCCUCUGAUACCUGUAAUGAAGGGAGGGCAUGAUGCUCAGCACCUGGCUGGUCCAGAACAGCAGGUUACUUUUAGCCCAAGGCUUGUAAUCCUGUGCCAUUCUGCACUCUGCUGUUUGGCACUUUCUGCUCUGAACAAAUGACUCAUCACCUCCCAGAUGGCUACAAGUUAAUAAUUUCCCAUUUUUUCUGGGCCAGCCAGGUGGCUGUCAGAAGUGCAGUGGAAUUGCAGAGAAAUGACCAGAAAUGACCUACUGCGCCACCCUCUCUAUUAAUGGGAAUGGUUACAAGUAUCCCAGGAGCCACCUCUGUAUAUGUUACUCUCCAAGUCUGUAAAGUAAAUUUCUUUCUCCCACCACAGAUUAAAAAUGGAUUCAGUCUUGCUGCUCCUUCGGCAUACCCUACACUGGGAUCAAAACUGCAAGCACCACACAGUGCUUGGCAGUGAUAUUUCAGCUAUCUUACAGGGCAAAGGUCAACAUAAAUACUCCAAGGGUAACUGUCUACUUUGGCACCUCUACACUUGCAAAGGUUGAGAGUGUACAACGGUGAGCUGCGUUCCCUAGGGAUGCAAACAUUUAGAUUGUACGCUUCUUAGGGCUUUCUUUGUCUUCCUCUAUACAGCG